AUGCCUGGUCACGUUGCACAAAUGCAAAAGCUCUUUCAAAGCGCCAAAGCGUCGUUCCGCUUUGAUGUCCGGUUCGCUGCCUCUCCAGUUGGCUCGAUCGAUUCCAGACUCCCCCCAAGUCCCGAAACCGGGGACGCCUGCACUGCCAAUUCUGACCUUUUGGGGAACUCUGAGAAAGAAGCAUCGGAAACACCAUCCAAGGACUGGAGGUACUCCAGAGCUCCAAGGGCAAUCGCCGAAUUUGAAACGGACGUAAGAGAACCUUUUCCAGAGGGGUCCCCGCAACUUCCAGACUUGCUCUCAGUCGAGAUGACCAAUUGCAAAACCUUGGCUAUCGAGCCACCCAGCAGCGGCUUCACCUCGCCUGUUAACGAAGGAGGCUUCGCGCGACACCCAGAGGACACACCCAACCUGUCCUCAUCUCCGGCAAAGAGAGUGUCGACGAGCUCAAGCAAAAAAUCAGAUCUCCCAUCCCCGGCAGGACGUCUGUCCACCACUGAUCUGGAGCGGCCAUUAACCGAGCUCCGCGUGAGUGCUGACUACGAUAUGGAUAUCGAUUCUGCAGAAGAGUCGCCCAUUGUCAGUCACCUCCUACGAAAGUCGGUAGAAGUAGAGGAACAGUAUGGGGAUUCGUCUUCCAGCACAGGGGAGGGAUUCGUCCUGUCUCCUACUGUGAAAGCAGCCGCCGACUCCGCGAAGCUGAAACGUGGAAUGUUCAGCGACCUCUUUCCCAAGCCUCCGACGCACAAAGGCAGUGAUGGCACUGCAUCUUCUUCCAGCAAAUCACAGCAUGCUGAUAUAAAACCUUGUCCAGAUCCUCUUUUGCACGCACGUGGACCGGCGGUGUUAUGCCCUGAUCCCGCUGCUCAUUUCAGAUCCGCGACACCCAAUGUUCUAGGACAUCAAGGUAUCAAUCCAAGUUCGAAUGUCCAGGCGAGCCACGGACGACAGCACGGAGUUCUUCCGGGAUUUGGGUACCCGCCCCUCCCUUUCAACCGCGCCACAGCGACAGGCAGUCCAAUGCCGUUGAUGAGAGCCAGAUCACCAGCAAGGUCCCCCGGAGAGAUGGGUCACAAGGCAUGGUAUCCUCCGACGGAAUCUUCGCAAUCUCGAUCUCAACCCCCUCACCAUGAGCACCUGAACCGGGCGUAUCUUGCCACAGCCUCGGAGCAUUUCCAGCCCGGGUGGUAUUAUGCUAAGGAGAGCCCUCACCCAUCACCAAGGCCCGGUCCACCAAUGUACUCUUUCUCGACAGCAGCUGCCAAAGUCGUUGGACAAGACCCCGCUCCUGAUUCCAGAAUUCGAGACUCGUAUAGGACGGACACUCUCACACCUCUGGCGAAGCCACCCAGUCGGUUCAGAAAGAAUGGCAUCAUUGCUCUUGCUAGUGCUCGUGGAGCCGGUAAGCACUAUGGUGGUCCUUCGUAUCUGUCAAGGCCUCCUCAGCGCCGCAUGCAGCCAAGGAGGUCACGUUUGCCAGACAAUCUGCAGUUCAGAAGUAGUCCACCAAGAUCCUCGGUAGAUUCCGCGCAACGUUCACAACCGAAAAAGAGGUCGAGAGAGGCAGAAACACUCACAAAUGAGAUCCAUGAAGAUGAACAAGUAGCAACGGACUACUCCAUUGACCCAAAAUUGAAACUGGAAGAAGGAGAAGAAGUUAUUGAGGUUGACGAAGAGACUCAGGCAGCUGUGCGCAUGAGCCUUUUCGGUGCGCCGGCUCCAAGACCCAGUUGUGACACUGCAAGAGGCAUAAAGGAGCUGAGCCCCAACGUCAGAGUCUGGCGAAAAGGGGCAGGACCUUCUGUGAGCAGGAAGAAACGGCGGCCCAGUUAUUGGGACGCAGAUUUAGAGGAGGUAAUGCGGAGUCCAGCAGCGAGGCAUGUGGUUUCAUCGCCGAUCAAAAAGGACGACGUGAGAUCUGAGCGAGCUGAGGUUGAGUUUCACGACAAUGGCGCCGACAAGGAGAACCAGAUGCUGCUGACUGAAGAACUCGAAGACGUGUCGAGAGCGGUAGAGGUGCCGACUGUUUUGCAAGAGGACGUCUCGAUGGAAAACCAGGAAUUGGGUAGUGUUAUCCCUCACUACUGA